GCCCCGCCUGGGAGGUCGAGACGGGCCGGUGUUGUGGGCCAGGCGCCGGCUCGGGAGCCUUGGAGUUCUCGGGGGAGGGAAGUCGUCAAACGAAGGCCGAGGGAAAUGAGGCGGAGGCCGCUGAGAAGCGGGGAGCCCCGCCCCUCCGCCAUAGCAGCUUCCCGGUGCCGCCUCUUCCUUUACAGCCUCCCGCCUUGCCCUGCCUUCCGGCCUGAGGCCGGGGCCCCGCCGGUCCCCUCGGGAGUAGCCCCUGAGCCAUGGCCCCUUUUGGGAGAAGAGGUGCCCACUGUCCAUUUGGGACGAUGUCCGAAAGAAGAGGGUUAGAAUGGGUUUCGGACCCGGCUGGGCUAGCGGAAUGCGGCCCCUGGCUCGCGAAAGCCAGCGAGGCCUCUGGCCCCGAGGACCCUGAGUCACGGAAACUUACUGAGUCCACAGAGGAUGCUCCAAGGUAGCAUCCAAGGGUCCGGGGUUCCGCUUUAGGCGCCCCCAGAGUCUCAGAUAGGGUCCUCCCUGCCCUAAGCAUACCCAGUAAGAGCACGCGCUGUCUUUGGACAAGUAUUGGGCUAGGACUUGGGAGACCUGGGUUGUUGCCCUGGUUCUGAAAGAGCUCAUCCUCUUUAUACCGCUAAGAGUAGGUUACAUGUCUCCUGUGGUCGCUGGGGCUAGAGCUUGACUCUGGAGAAAGGAGAGGAAGAAUGGAAGCCUGAUGAAGAGGCAGAGAAGCCUGUGGGAGCUCAGUCCUGGCAGCAACACCCCUGAAUUCCCGGUGGUGAGAGGAUGUGGCCCCUGGAUUCGGCCAGGAAAGAGGUGCUGAGGUUUGCGGUCCGCUGCCGUGUCCUGACUCUGGUGCUGCAGGCUUUCUUCAAUGCCGUCAUCCCAGAUCACCAUGCAGAAGCCUUCUCUCCUCCUCGCCUCGCCCCCUCGGGCUCUGUGGACCAACUCGUGGAAGGGCUUUUGGGUGGCCUGUCGCACUGGGAUGCUGAACACUUCCUGUUCAUUGCCGAGCACGGCUAUCUGUAUGAGCACAACUUUGCCUUCUUCCCUGGCUUUCCCUUGGCUCUCCUGGUGGGAGCUGAACUCCUGAGACCCCUGCGGGCAGUACUGAACCUACGGAGUUGCCUGUUAAUCUCAGCAGCAUUGCUCAAUUCCUUGUUCUCUGUGCUGGCUGCAGUCGCACUUCACGACCUGGGCUGUCUGGUUUUGCGCUGUCCCCACCAGGCCUUUAACGGAGCCUUGCUCUUCUGCCUCAGCCCGGCCAAUGUGUUCCUGGCAGCUGGUUACUCGGAAGCUUUGUUUGCCCUCCUGACAUUCAGCGCCAUGGGGCAGCUGGAAAGGGGCCGAAGCUGGACUAGUGGUCUCCUCUUUGCCCUUGCCACAGGUGUACGCUCCAAUGGGCUGGUCAACAUUGGCUUCCUCGUGUAUUCUCAGUUCCGAGGCUUUCUGUUCUCUCUCCUGGUGCUGAAUCCUCUGAGACAGCUCUUAAAGUUGCUGGGCUCUGUGUUCCUCUCUGUGCUCAUGCUUGGCCUUCCCUUUGCCCUCUUUCAGUAUUAUGCCUAUACCCAGUUCUGUCUGUCAGGCUCAGCCCACCCCAUCCCUAAGCCCUUGCUGCAGCUAGCUGUGGACAAGGGCUACCGGAUCGUGGAGGGAAAUGAGCCACCUUGGUGCUCCUGGGCACUUCCCCUAAUAUAUAGCUAUAUCCAAGAUGUCUACUGGAAUGUUGGCUUUUUGAGAUACUAUGAGCUCAAGCAGAUGCCCAAUUUCCUACUGGCUGCACCAGUGGCCCUACUGGUUACCUGGGCAACGUGGACAUAUGUGACCACCCACCCUUGGCUCUGCCUUACUCUUGGGAUGCAAAGGAGCAAGAAGAGUAAGACCCUAGAAAAAUCGGAUUCUGGAUUCCUCGGCCCUCGGGGGUUUGUGUACGUGGUCCAUGCCGCAGCACUGCUGCUGUUCGGGAGUCUGUGCAUGCAUGUUCAGGUUCUCACCAGGUUUCUAGGUUCCUCCACUCCUAUUGUGUACUGGUUUUCGGCUUACUUGCUUCAGGAUCAAGAGCCACUGCUGAGAUCCCUAGAGACCGGGCCUUGGAAGCCACUUGCAGGGGACUCCCCACCAGGACAAAAGGUCCCCAGGAAUUCUAUCAUGGGACUUUUGUACAACUGGAAAACCUGUUCUCUCAUCACACGUUGCAUUCUGGGCUACUUCCUGUCUUACUGGCUCCUGGGACUACUCCUACAUUGCAACUUCCUGCCUUGGACAUGACCUGGAGUCUCAGGGGUCUGGAAAUACACAUAUUGGGACUGUCUCCACUGCCCUGGGACCCUCGCUCCAUCCAUUAGAACGCCUCUGUCUCUCGUUCUCUGAAGACUGGUCAGGACUGGGAGAAGCGUGAGCCACUGGAGAGCCCCUGCCGGUCCUGGCUGUGGCAAAUUUUAGACUUGUAGCUAUUUUCUCUGUAAGUGAAGAAAUCAUACUCCAGGUCUAAAGUUACACUUGGAUCUGUUCCCUCCACCAAGCAUAGCAAAGAUAGUUGCAAACUUACCACUGACACACAUGUAAAUUUAAAUGUAAAUUAUUUACAUGUCAGUUUCAGCAAAGGCUCUAGCUGAUAGGCUGGUAAUAGUCCACACAUGAUGGCGGAGGCCUGAACAGUAUAGUGGCGGGAAGAAGUAAAGUGGGACCACCUCUUUCAAAUGGGACAUUGUUUCUGAUUAAUUUUUUCACGAUUCGUUCAUUUAUUUAUAUGAAAAAACUUGCAAAGAUAGGCAAAUUAAACUACUUUUGGUUAUGUAUCCAAUGAAUUACCUUUUUAAAAAUACUGCAAAUUUCUUAGGGAAAAAGUCGUGAUAAAAAGAACAUUGCACAAAGAGGCAGAAGACCUGGAUUGUAGUCCUCAGUAAAACCCCACUUACCAGCUCUGUGACCUUGGGAGGGUUUUCACACAGCCUUAGUUACCUCUUCUGAAACUGGGGGAAAUAAUACUAUCCUACUGGGAGAGGAGAGGCAAUGGGCCAUAUCAUCUAGUAGGUCCUUUUCUGCUCUAAGAUCUUCGGAGCUGCCUUAAGCCAUGGGAUCAUCCCAGUCUAAACACUUCAUGUAGCAGCUCCAACAUGUGAUUUUAGGAGAAAAUACCCACUUUUCCUGCUUUCAGGACUUAGAAGAAACUUUCCCUCCUUGGGUGCAACCCUGAGGAGUCACUCAAGUGACCUUUCCUUUGAAUGAGGGGAAGCAGUGACACCUGCAAAUAAGGCCCCCUGGGACCUGUGUAAGUAAAUCUGUGUCGGGCAAGUAAAGGGUCAAAGUGGUGACUGAU